CGGAAAAUUCAAUUAAGCAUUAACGAGCGUUUGCGGUAAAUUGGAUCCGAACAGAAGUGAAAACGGGACGGUGUCGACGACGAGUCCUUGGAGAGUUUUCCCUGUUUUAAGUGUGUGAAAUUUCCGAGAAACAUUGUAACGGUCGACGUUGUGGAAAGUUGUGAUAAGAAUUCAAUUGGUUUGCGGAGAUCAAGGAUUUGUUAGUUAGUUGACUUGCAGAUUUCACUCCUUCGGUUUUAAAGGACAUAAAUCUUGGGAUCAUCUACGAUUUAUACGUGGGACUUAAGGUUUGCGAAGCAGUGUUUCAGCCGACAGCAUGAUUUGUGAUAAUAGAUUGCUGGGAUUUGCUAUAUUGAUUCUUGUGUUGGCGCCCUUUAGUUGGUGCGGGGUUACCGAUGAACAAAUGAAGAAAAGCGCUCAAAUGCUGCGGGAUGUAUGCCAACCGAAAUUCAAAAUUUCUGAUGAAGUAGCGAACGGAAUAAAGGACGGUAUAGUUCCCGAUGAACAGAAUGUUAAAUGCUAUAUAAAUUGUGUCCUGGAAAUGAUGAAUUCGAUAAAAAAAGGCAAACUCAACUACGAAGCGUCUGUGAAACAAAUUGACCUGCUGCUCCCAGAUCGUUUGAAGGACUCUUUCAAAGCAGGACUGGCAGCCUGCAGGAAUUCAAUCGAUGGUAUUAGGAAUCAUUGUGAGGCUGCCACGGUGCUUCUAAAGUGUUUGAAGGCGAAUAUUCCGGAAUUCUUCUUUCCUUAAGGGAUAGUCCUAGAUCCUAUGAAAUAUUACGCAACAUAAAAAAUAGAAUAUUUAAGAUAAUGUUUUUAUGUUCAUAAAAUCAAAUCCGAAAUAAACAGGGCUUUCAUUU